CGGAAUUCGAAUCUGUCGAAUGCUUCGCGGCGCGUCGCACGCCGUGUUCUUUACGAGAUGGGAUGGCCUCUUACAAAGGCAAUGUGCGUCCCGGCGCACCGGUGUCUGUCCCGUGACUCAUCGUGCUCGUUCAGUCCUCGGCGGACUACGAAGCCGUCGACAUCGGGCGUGUGCGUGCGUGCGCGCGUGCGUCUUCCGGUCUCGCGGCAUCGCGGGGCGUGCUGCCAUUUAAACGCGAAGCUGCUCGAGCGAUCGGCGAUCAUUCCCGGCGUGUCACGUGCGUCACUUGUGUCGGAGACAUGAUUCGAAGCGACGGGGCUUAAAGCUCGUUCAAGUGACAUUAUUACCUAGUGACGAGUUUCUACUUCCGGUGGAGCUUUCAAUUUUCAACGAUCAUGGUGUACCACUGGCAGAGCCAAAAUGUCAAAAUUUCCGGGGUGGACGACAUGGUCCUUCUGCCAAAGAUCAACGAAGAUGCCAUUAUCGAGAAUCUCAAAAAGAGAUACAUGGACGACUACAUAUUUACGUGCAUUGGACCAGUAUUGGUAUCGAUCAAUCCCUUCAAACAGAUGCCGUACUUCGGAGAGAAGGAAGUCGAAAUAUACCAAGGCGCGGCGCCGUACGAGAAUCCACCGCACAUCUAUGGAUUGGCAGACGAGAUGUACAGAAACAUGCUAAUCGACAAGGAAAGUCAUUGCGUCAUUAUUAGUGGUGAAUCAGGCGCGGGAAAAACGGUGGCAGCGAAAUACAUAAUGUCUUAUGUAGCAAGGGUGAGCGGUGGAGGCAAAAAGGUGCAGAAAGUAAAAGACGUCAUCUUGGAAUCGAAUCCACUUUUAGAAGCUUUCGGCAACGCGAAGACAGUGAGAAACAACAACAGCAGCAGAUUUGGAAAAUAUGUUGAGAUGCAAUUCGGACCGGGCGGUCAACCAAACGGUGGCAAAAUUUCCAAUUUUCUCUUGGAAAAGUCGAGGGUAACUUGCCACAAUCCUGGCGAACGGAACUUCCAUAUAUUUUAUCAGUUGGCGACGGGAGUCAAUCAGGAAAUGAAAGCGGAAUUUGGAUUGACGGAUCUCGAUUAUUAUCAAUAUCUGAGUUAUGGAGGAAAUUAUAGAGUGGAUGGCACUAACGACGCGCGAGAUUUUCAGGAAACCCUUAAAGCACUGAGUGUUAUGGGGAUAAAAAAUGCCGAAGUGAUGGACAUAUUCAGAUUGGUAGCUGGAAUUCUCCACGUAGGAAAUAUACAAUUUUCCGAGAACGGCAAUUAUUCGCAGAUAGCCGAUAAACAGUUUCUCGAGUUUCCAGCCUACCUCUUUGGAGUCUCAGCGGAGCAGCUGUCGCACAAAUUGAUCUCCCGAGAAUUCGAGUCAAAAUGGGGAAGUCAUUCCGAAAGUGUAGACGUGACGUUGAAUGUGGAACAGGCGCUUUAUGCGAGGGAUGCUUUGACAAAGGAUAUCUACGCAAGGCUUUUCGAUUACCUGGUUAAGAAAGUUAAUUCAGCCAUGGAGACAAACACGGAUGGAUUCGAAAUCGGAAUUUUGGACAUAUAUGGCUUCGAGAUUUUUGAGAAGAACGGCUUCGAGCAAUUCUGCAUCAAUUUCGUGAACGAGAAAUUGCAACAGAUUUUUAUUGAACUCACGUUAAAGGCAGAACAGGAAGAAUACGUCUCCGAGAACAUCAGAUGGGCGCCGAUAGACUACUUCAACAAUGCCGUCGUGGUGGAGCUUCUCGAGGGCAAGAGGCCACCCGGUCUCUUCUUGGUCCUCGACGAUGUGUGCGCGACGCUGCACGGUGGAAGCACGGGUGCCGACGUCGACUUGAAGAAGAAAUUGGCAGGGGCGGCUAAACAACACGCUCAUUUUCAAGACAUCGGUGAUGGUUUCGCAAUUCUACAUUACGCCGGCGUUGUAUCCUACUCUGUCGAUGGCUUCUGUGAUAAGAACAGGGAUGUCCUCUUCUUGGACCUGAUCGAGUUGAUGCAGACCAGCACAAAUUCUUUGGUGCGUGAGCUUUAUCCGCUAGAGAACGCCGGCAAAACAAAGACUCUUAAGUCCAGGCCAACCACCGCGGGCAGUAAAAUCAGAAAUCAAGCCAGCCGCUUGGUCGGCCAGCUGAUGAAGUGCACACCACAUUACAUCCGGUGCAUCAAGCCGAAUGAAACGAAGAAGCCGCGCGAUUGGGAUCAUCUCAGAGUCAAGCAUCAGGUGGAGUACCUAGGUUUGAAGGAAAAUAUCAGAGUGCGCAGGGCUGGCUUCGCUUACAGAAGGCCGUUCGCCAAGUUUCUACACAGAUACGCAAUUUUCACGAAGGAAACGUGGCCCCGUUGGCCCGGCGAUGAGAAGCAGGGCGUAGAAUGGAUAUUGGGAAGCAACCACGUCGAUCGAUCGCAAUAUCAGCUUGGCAGAUCGAAGCUGUUUAUCAAAGCGCCUGAAACCCUAUUCAUGCUGGAGGAAGCUCGUGACCGGAAGUACAAUAUGUACGCGCGAGUCAUUCAGAAAGCCUUCAAGAAGUAUUUCGCCCGGAAGAGACAGGCGCAGCAGAAACAGGAAGCCGCCGAUCUUCUCUUCGGGCAUAAGGAACGGAGACGAGCGAGCCUGAAUAGAAAUUUUGUAGGCGAUUAUAUAGGAUUGGAGGGCAAGCCGCAAACGACGAGUCUGAUUGGAAGACGGGAAAAAGUGUUCUUUGCCGAAAUCGUGAAAAAAUACGACAGAAGAUUCAAGAUGUGCAGAAGAGAUCUCAUCCUUACCGGGAAGUGCGUGUAUUUGAUUGGUCGGGAGCAGAUAAAAAAGGGCCCUGAAAAGGGUAAAUUUAUCGAAGUUAUUAAAAGAAAACUUUCGUUCAACCAAAUCAGUCAUGUAUCAUUAAGCACGCUACAAGACAAUUUCAUAAUAAUUCACGUAAAGGAAGACUAUGCGAGCUUGUUAGAAUCAGUAUUCAAAACGGAAUUUUUGUCUGCCCUUAGCAAAAAGUAUCUAGAAGAUAUCGGUCACCCUUUAAACAUUAGAUUCAGCAACGACUUGGAAUUUAAAGUUAAGAAAGAAGGUUGGGGUGGCGGUGGAACGAGGCAUGUGAAAUUUAUACAAACGGACUACGGCGACAAAGAGAUCUUAAAGAUGUCCGGCAAAGUUCUCAGUGUCAGCAUUGGUCCAGGAUUGCCGAGCACAUCGAAACCUAAUUUGGAUCGAUCGAUGUCAUCCCUUCAUUUGCGCAACGCCUCGAGGCCGACUCGUCCAGCACCGCAGCUGUGCAAUCUAACUCCAAUUCUCGCGGGUCCGAAUAAUCAAGCGAUUACGAUGAGCGAAAGACCUCCUCUUCGCCCGGUGGCAGCUGCUAGAUCUGUAACUCCUUCGCGAACUAUUCCAAACGGUAGACCGAACAUUCCACCAAAUCGUCCAAACGUUCAACCUACGCAGCUUCAAAAGGAUAUGAGAAAUGGGACGAACAAUGUGAACAAAUUGCGCGAUAAGCAAAUCAUGAUGGGCAUGUUUAUCAAUCCCAAUGCUGGACCACGUGGUUUGCUUAAAUUUCCUCCACCACCCACGGAGCCACCACCACCGCAAGAGCCUACAAGAUUCAAGUUACCAUCCCUUAAUGACGAACAUAAUGGUCAAGUUUCUGGUCUUCUCAAUAAAGGAAUGCAAACAUCCCAAGAAUGGAUCGUGAAACAAAAUAAUAAUACGUUGAAUCGAGAAAGGAUGAAGGAAGAUAAUGUCGCAUACGCGGUAGCCAACAAAAAGGUGCCUCCUCAGAAGCCGGCGCCUCCAAGUUUACCAAAAGUCAAAGCAUUAUACGAUUAUGAGCCACAGGAUUUGGACGAGUUAGGAUUCAAAGAAGGUGACAUUGUAGAAGUACUCAAAGAACAUGAGGGCGGUUGGUGGCACGGAAGACUGAAAGGGAAAACCGGUCUUUUCCCUUCCAACUACGUAGAAAAGAUAUGAAUUUUCCAAUCAAAAAAUCCUAUCGAAUUACAUGAAAUCGGAACGUAAUUUUAAUAAAUACAUCGUACCUGUUAUUCGCUGUUUUCAUGCACCAUAAUAUUGUGCAAAUCUUUAAUUGUAUGUUAAUCAAAAGUUAU